AUGCGUUUUUUCAGAAGACUUCCUAAAAUUCCCAGAGCCCUCAUCUGGCUCAUUGUUUUAGCACACUUUUACAUCUUCAUUGCUAAUUUUAGCUCCUUGUUUGGCUUGUUGAAGAUAAGGAAUUUCAGGCAAUUGAGCAUUUUCCAGCGUGGCCCAGAUAUGCUACAAGUGGACACCCAAGAGCAACAGGGUUUAAACUAUUCUGAUAAUGGGAACUCAACAAGCUUUUUAAAUGUGACUUUGGGGAGAGACAUCACAAGGCUCAAACAAGGUAUGGCUGAGAGGAUACCAGGAUGGGAAGGAAAGAAGGAGCAGAAGAAAACAACGAAACCAGUUGCCAAGGUGGAGGAAGCCAAGGAGAACAUGACUGUGAAACCACCCCCGAGGUUAGAGGGAAUCAAGAAGACAACAGUGAAAACAGUCCCUAGGGUACAGGGAAAUGAGGAUAAAACAACAGUGAGACCAGCACCAGGAGUGGAAGAAGCCAAGGAAAAGACAACAGUGAAACCACUUCCUAGGGUGGAGGAAGCCAAGGAGAAGGCAACAGUGAAACCAUCCUCUAGGGUGAAGGGAGCUCAUGAAAACAACAUAUCUGAAGACCAAACAAAGUCAAAGGAGCCUCCUGCAUCAGUGAAAACUCUAAGGCCUGUUCCUCAGACUCCCGGAGUGACAGAAAAGAAGAGACUGAGGGCUGCUGACUUCACCUCGGAGCCACGGUGGGAUUUCGAGGACAAGUACCUGCUGGACAACUCAACUCCACCAUCGACCUGCUCUGAAUCAGUGAAGGCCAAAGCUGCCAAGUCUGACUGGCUGCGAGAUCUUUUCCUGCCCAACAUCGUGCUCUUCACAGACAAGAGAUACUUCAGUGACAGUGAGUGGAACCGCCUGGAGCACUUUGCACCUCCGUAUGGCUUCAUGGAGCUGAAUCAUUCAUUGGUGGAGGAGGUCAUGUCUCUGCUGCCUCCGAAUCCCUACCAGCAGCUGCUCCUGGCCAGCAGCAACAGCAGCAUGCCGACAUGUAUCAGCUGUGCUGUUGUGGGGAAUGGAGGAAUACUGAAUAACUCUGGGAUGGGCCAGGAGAUUGACUCCCAUGACUACGUCUUCCGGGUGAGUGGGGCUGUAAUCAAAGGUUACGAAAAAGAUGUGGGAACAAAAACCUCCUUUUAUGGAUUCACAGCCUACUCCCUGGUGUCCUCUCUCCAGAUCUUGGGACACAGAGGGUUCAGCAACAUUCCACAGGGAAAACAUGUCAGGUACAUUCACUUCCUGGAGGGACAUAGAGACUAUGAGUGGCUGAAGGCUCUUCUGCUGAACAAGAACAUCAGCAAAGGAUUCUUGAACCACUACGGGCAGAGGCCCCGGGAGAGAUUCAAUGAAGAUUUCACGAUGGACAAAUACCUGGUGGUUCACCCUGAUUUCCUCAGAUACAUGAAAAACAGGUUUUUAAAAUCUAAAAGUCUGGAAAAGCGCUACUGGCGGAUAUACAGACCCACAACGGGGGCCUUCCUGCUGCUGACUGCACUCCAUCUCUGUGAUCGGGUGAGUGCCUAUGGCUACAUCACAGAGGGUCAUGAGAAGUAUUCAGAUCACUACUAUGACAAGGACUGGAAACGUCUGAUUUUCUACAUUAACCAUGACUUCAACCUGGAGAAGCAGGUGUGGAAAAAGCUUCAUGAUGAGAAUAUCAUGAAGCUUUACCAGAGAUCCUGA